AUGUCAUACCACUACGCACAGGCUAGCUUGAGAGUCAACGGACUUAGUCAUGACCACUGGAUUCAGCUCAAGCCGUGGGCGAGAACUUUAGUGCCCCAGAAGAUCGAGAUACAAGGAGGCGAGUUCAUGACAUUCGAACUGCCCAAUUUCUUCUUCUAUACUCGUGCAAACAGCCUCGGAAUGCACAGCUUGACAAUCAUCAGUUCUAAACCAAUCCACGAAUAUUCACCCGAGGAGUACGAGACUACGUGUAUGGAGACCCUGCUCCAGGUGUUCGUAAGAUGGGGGCUCGAGUUGGAGCAUUGCCGUCUAGAGAGCAUAUGGGGAGCAUCGACUGAUGCUGAAGCUCCUUCGUUCAGUGGCGAAGAGAGAGUCAUCAUGGAAGGCAAAGAACAUACCCAAGCCGCCCUUCCACUACUCCGUGCGAGAUUCUUGUAG